AUGCUGAACCGAUUCCUCCGGCCGCAGACUCCUCUGCGUGCGUUGUCCGCUCUUUCUCAAAAACCCAUCUCCGCUCUCCCACGCUUCCAAACACGACAAUUGCACCGGGUGCCUCAGUUGACGCACGAUACGUACUUCAAGAACAAUGGUGUUCCGGAGCUCAUGUCGCCAGAGGCUUUCGACUUCGCUUGGACCCAGUACCAGACUCUCCUCAUCGACAAACUGAACCUCUUGACACAGGACACCGUUGACGCCGAUGCGAAACCCGGAGAACUGCUGGUCAAAUACUCCCGGCGUCCGGAGAUGGCCUCCGUCUUCAACUAUGCCUCGAUGGCUCACAAUAACCACUUCUUCUUCAACUGCUUGUCGCCCACCCCCACCCAGAUCCCCGACAAGUUCGCCAAAGACAUCGUCGAUACCUGCUCCUCCGUCGAAUCCUUGAAACUUGACUUCCUAGCCACCGCCAACGCCAUGUUCGGUCCCGGCUUUGUGUGGCUGGCCAAGAACCUGGAGCGCGAGGGACUGAUGCACAUCUUCUGCACCUACAGUGCAGGCUCGCCCUAUCCUGCUGCUCACUCCCGGCGGCAACCGGUCGACAUGGCUACCCACUCGCCUGACGCGCCUCUCGGCAACAUGUACGCCGGCUCAAUGGGUGCCCACUCAAUGAACCAGAAGAGCAUGGCCGCCGGUGCCGUGGACGUCCAGCCCAUUCUGUGUGUGAACACCUGGGAGCAUGUGUGGAUGAUGGAUUACGGAAUCGGCGGCAAGGCCGAGUAUCUGGAGCGCUGGUGGGACCGCAUCAACUGGGAGGUUGUGUUUGACAAUUACAACGCGGUUAGCUCGAUGAAGGGAGCCCGCAAUGCGGCCAGCCGGAACCGCAGCCUGAGCAUGCUAUGA